AACUGCAUAGAAAAAUUGUUUAGUACCGUUUAAUUCCCUCGUCUCUUAUCAAUUUCAGUAAUAAAAUGAAGAUUUUUGUAGAAAUCAGAUAUGCGAUAUUUUACAAACUAGUUGUUUGCAGAAAUGCACUUUGCACAUCAUUUUACAAAAAAUAGAUCUUUUAAAUAUGUAAUAUGCGUAUCUUGUAUAUGUUUAUUUUAAAAAAUGUGAUAUUUAUCGUUAAUUGAAACGAAUUGCAAUAACAAAUUUAACGAUUGACCAAAAAUGACGGGCCUAUUUACCAUUCUUUUUAUUUGCAUGAUUUUAUAUUGUGUUUUUACAUGGAUUAUUCCACGGUUUGUGGGAUGGCUUGUGAAAAGAAAGUUCAAAAUACAUUUGCAAUUUGGACAUAUCUCACUUCCUUAUUUUAUUUUUCGAGAUGUCAAUAUUUCUACAAAUGGUUUUACAGUUGAGAUUGAAGAAUUUAGUUUGCGCAGUAGCCUGUUUAGUAGCGAUGUGGCUAAAUUAUUAUCCCUAAUGCUACAAGGAGUGCGGAUUAAUGUAGAUGUUCCUGCAGUGUCUGCUAAACAUAAAAAUCGAUCAAAUAAAGUGUUAGAUUUUAGGAAUACCAGAGUUCCCUCAUUUAUUAUAACGGUUGUACAAUUUCUAGCAAUAAACAUUGAAAACUUAAGUCUUUUGGCUCUUGGAAGUGGUUGGUUAGCAAAUGGAAGUGCUGAAUCUCUUAGUUUAGAUGGCAGUGUAGUUCAUGGAGCUCGUACAUUACUUGGAAGUGUAACUGUUGUCAAUGGAGCUAUGAAAUUACUUCGACAUGCAUCAGAUGCAUGUUUAGCUAAAAUAAAUUUUGCUGGUACAAUUGAAGCAACUCUCAGAGCUCAGGGAGAAUUAUCAUUAGAAAAACUAUUUAUUGGUAUAACACAAACUGAAGGCUCUGGAGGGGUUGGUCUUCUUCAUUUCUUGAUGGACAGAAAAUCCUUAACACCGGAAACAUUAAAUCCGUCACCUUCCAAGCAAUUUAGCGAUAAUCUUCUAACUAGAUUUGCUCCCGUUUUACCGAAGAACUUGUUAAUAAAACUUGGUACUUCAUCCAUCAUUGCUGGACGAGAAGAUGGGUCACAUCUAGGUGUAGAAUGUACAAUGAAGAGCCUUCAAGUCAAUGCUAAGUUCCAACCUAUUAGUAAUCAACUAUAUCUAGCAUUAAAUAUGGAUGGAAUAUCAAUAAAGGGAAAGCUUCCGGUUCUGUCACUACAUUCCUUGUCAAUAGAAUCAACUAUGGGAGAAGAUAUUUUAAAAAUUUCUACGCAGUUAAAUAGUCUUUCAAUAACUUAUGAUCAUAAAGAUUGGGAAUCAAUUUUCAGUAGCGGCAUACGAGAUAUUAUAAGGUCUGAUGUUAAAACAACAUCAAAAAAUAAAUUUCAUUGGCUUACAAUCCAAACUGUUACUGAGUUUUAUGAAGGUUCGUUACUUAUAAAAUUACCUGAUGUUCAAGAGACUUCUUGUACAGUAGCACAUGUAAAGUUUUCUAUGGAUAGAUUAGCAGAAAAAUAUGAAGGGUGGAAUACCGAAUUCACGCUUGAAUCUCUUUCUUGCGCAUUGAAUGGUACUACUUCAAGUGCAUCUGACUCAACUUAUGAAUGGGGAAAACCUCUUUCUAUUGGAGUAUUUCUUGUAACUACUCGAGAAAAUGCUGUUGUAGUUGUUGUUGAUGCGCUUAGAACUGAAUGGAGCUUACAGCUUGCAAAGUUCUUGGAACGUGGAUUAUUGUAUUACAAGCAACACGUGCAAUCACCUUCUACAACUAGUCAUAAAUUAAGCAAUAAUCCAAUAACUCAAUUGAAUGUUAAAGUGUCUAACUGUAACUUAUUUUUUAUAGCAGAAAAUGAACUUGCAAUCAUGGUACGUCUAGAUUCAACAGCUUUGGAGCGAAACGCAAAGCAUUUCGUAGGUGUAGCAGAAGGUGUUUGUGCGAUACCGUUAAAUAAAAAUGAACCAAUCAAAUGUCAGCAUGUACAAGACAGGAAUUCUUUGAAAAACCCAUUCUUGGUAAUUAGAAAAUGCAAAACUGCUAUUACGGACUCUGCGAUAAAUGUAAAUCUUGAUCACACAAAUGCAGCUUGGAGUCCCAACUUGCAUCUUCGUCUGCUACAAUUGUGGCUUGAGUCAGCUGAUUUUAGAGCUAUCGUUACAGAAAGAAAAAUCGUUUCUGUUAUCGACGGACAAAAUGAUGAAAUUCCAUCAAAACGUACACUGGAUAUCCUCUGUACAGAUGAAGUAUCAUUAACGGUGGUCAUUUCUCCCAAUCACUUCUUGGAAUUAUCAACAGAUCGUUUGCGAUGGUCACAAGGCGAAUGGAGGCUCAAUUAUCUGCGUGUAGCUUUAGACGCUACAGCUAUAAUUACAAUCGAAGGUUUCAAGUUAAUUAGAUUAGAAGACAGCGAGGAAAUCAGAGCCGAGAGACAAAGUAACGAGACUUUCGAGUUGGAUUGGAAUACGACGUGGUCUUUGAAUAUUGAUUUGGCGAAGGCAUGUUUCCCAUAUGAGCAUCGAUUUGCCGAAGCUAUUCAAAAUGAAUUAUUUAGCAUUAGAAAGUGGCUGAAGGAAAUUCACUCCUCGAGUGUUAAAAAACAGAAACCUUUACCCUGUGAUCUAGUCAUAAAAAUUAAAGAAUGGAUUUUCGAAGUGAGCGACGAUCCAUUUGAAGUCCGCCUCCGUGACAACUACGAGCUUUUAGAGGACGAGUACAAAGAAAGUCUAAAACGACAAUCAAUGCUGGAUGCCAAAGUACAAGAACUCCGUCGAGCUCAUCUGUUGCUUCCCCAAGGUAAAGUUGAAGAGCUCUACACGAGUUUGAAUAAAAAGAACGCUGAAAUUUACGUUCAACGUUGGAAACAAAUGCAACGCGCGGGUCCAGCACGAACGCGCCUUUUCGCGUGGACAAUGUUAGAUUUAGAAAUCAUUGCAUUAGCCGAUCCAUCGAUAGACGGUAUUGAAAGAGCUACGCGAACAUUACACGAGAUGGAUCCCGAAACACCCUGGCCGGAGGAUGGCUUGGAAUUCAAUACAUUGUGGGUGCGAGCUAUAUCAUUGAAAUGCCUUGAAUGGAAGUUGCAGCUAAGAGAUUUUCCGCAACCGUUGCUACUGGUAGAUACACUGAGUGUAUGGGGAAGAUUUGCUGGUGCUGAAGCCUUGGCACCACCCAGAGCUCGAAGAACCGUCAGAAUUGAAGUCGGUGAGCCGUGGGAAGAUAUUGUCAUCGAACGCGGCAUGACUUCACUCAAAUAUUAUCACGAUUUAAAUUGGGACAUUAAUAAGUUUAGGUACGCAUUCGGUCCGUGCUGGGAGCCAGUGAUAGCUCAAUGCAACUUGAGUUUUGAAAAAAUCAUUCACCCUUCCCGUGAUCCAAGUCCACCAUUGCCUUUCUGGGAUAAGAUGCGUCUAGCGCUUCACGGCCGCAUGACUCUUUGCGUAACGCAACUGACAGUGUUGUUACACGCUUCUCUCGAUCCUUACAACACAACUGAGGAGAUGGAACUGACAUGGUCAAAUCUAGAACUCGACUGGACUCUUGGUAAAAUUAUCGUCAAAGGUGAUCUUGACGUUUACGUACGCACUGCUAGCAAAUACGAUGACUGUCGACUUUUACAUCUGCCAAAUGUCAAAUUGAAUAUGAAGUUGGCUUGGGUUUGUCUGGGUGAUCCAAGAGAUCAUCAUGCGGCGAUUCCUUGCGCACCAGAUAAGCUGCCCGAGUAUACUAGCAAUCAGCAGCACGAUUCCUUCCGUGCUUUUCGAUCUCAGAAUCUGAAUGUGAGUUUGUCACUGGAAACAAAGCCAACUGGCUCGCCGACACUCAGCAGCGCACCAACAGCAGUGCUUUACGGCAGCACCUUGCGCUGGUUCGAAAAUCUCAAAUUCAUCUUGUCAGGUGCCACGCGACCAACUCGUAAAGGUCCACUUUUCAAGAAUAUUCGCCCCCGCAAGAAGCAACUCAGUCGUCACUACCGUAAAGUUCGUUUGACUCUUGCUUUUCAUCGUUUUCACGUCAGUUACUGGAUGUCAUUCGCGAUGCAACGUGGUUUCGAAGUGACCGGUGGUCGUGUCACUUGUAGCUCCGAGCACACUCUUAGUUUACAUCCAAUUGAUGAUGGUUUGAUACAUAGACCCAGAGCCGAGUGGUCGAUUGUUUACAUGACGUGUGAGCUCAGCGAUGCCGAAAUCUGGUUGAAGAGUGCGCUUCAGGACGAAGACAAAGAGAGUGCUUCAUUGAGGAAGCCUGUUGAAAAGUGUUAUUGCUUGAGCGUGUCUACUGUUAGUUACGGACGAGAAGCAGUUGUAGCAGGGGUAAAUAACGACACACCAAUGCAUCGAUUAGUUGUGCAUGAUCUAAAAGGAGCUUGGACAAAAACCAACCGAGACGUUGCUUUCGCCUUGUUCGAUUCUUUCAUGAAAAAUCAACAACUCAAGAAGAACCUGUCUACAGAAGCACUCAAGGGUUUUCACCGUGAAUCCAGUUCGACACCUCACAAAAAUCGCACGCGGCCAACAAUCGAUGGUCAAGGUACACCUUCGUCACAAACAGUUUCCACCCCGUCGUCCGUUACCACGGCUAAACCUCAGCAAAGUGAAGCUGCUGGGAUGUUACAACGACUUAUCGCCGAGGCAGCUAACAAACCGGUUGCAUUCAGUGAUGAUAUGUCUGUGCAAACCAGAGGUCAACAGUUACGCGGUUUGGCAGCUUGCAAUCAGGAUGACGUGUUGCAUAAAAACUGGCAUAUCGCUUUAGUCAAUAGUCAGGUAUUAUUGAAAGGAAUUGAAACCAAAGGCUAUGUCAUUCUAUCGGCUGCGAAAGCUGAAAUUCUCCAAAUAGUUCACAGGCCAGUAUGGAAAGAUCGUACAUUAAUGUCAAAAACUACGUGGGUCGGUUCUUUGGAGUGCAUGCAGUACUAUGCCACUGUCAAUGCAAACAUCGAUGACAACAUUGACGAUAAUAUUAUGUGGUUGACACUAGAUAAUAUUCAGGAGAAAGAUUCGACAGUCAUAGUAGGUCUUCCAGAUGUGCCAGCUCUUGUUGGCUCAGGCCAAAGUGUCGGUGGAGUAGUCAGUCAAACUGUUGGUGGUGGAGGUGGACCUCAGCAUCAACUACAGCGGAUAGUAUCACGUUGUAAAUGUGAAUUCUUCUAUGUUGGAUACAGCCAAGCGUUGGAUGAAGAAGAACUCGUUGAAGUCCCACCUCCGCCAGGAGAAGAAAUCAGCCCUUGGGAACGUAAAGAUUUAUCAGCUGCAGAUGCUUUUACACUUAUGCAUCACGAUUUAGAUGUGUGUACUAACUCACUACAAUACGCCAUGAUUCUUGACAUUGUUAACAAUUUGUUGCUAUAUGUAGAACCAAGAAGGAAAGAAGCUUUGGAGCAGCUUCAACGUAUGAGGUUUCAAAUGCAGUUACAUUCAGAAGAAGAUCAGAAACGUCCGAUUCAAGAGCGUCAAAAUAUCGUCAGAGGAUUGGUAGCAAAAUUACGUAGACUGGAAAAAGAGACAUACCUAGUUCAAAAAGCUUUAGUGGAAGAAUCUAGUCCAAGUUUGUUAGCAGAAAUGGAGCGCCUCGAGACGAGAGUAUUCGAGUGUAAAGAGAAAUUGAGCGCCAAAGCUGAUGAGCUUGAUGUUAUGCUUAGUUGUUACAAGGAAACUACAGCUCCUGCUGCUGCUGCAACUACGCUCAAGGAUAAGCAAGUUGCUGUAGCAAGAGCUGCUGAAAUAUGCUUUAAGCAUGCUCAGUGGCGAUUGACAGAUGCUGAUGGACAGUUGGGUAUCGCCGAUCUCAUCCUUACCAAUUUCUUGUACACUAAGACUAGUAAGACAGAUGAUUCGGUGGAGCAUUUACUUGAACUAGGAUAUGUUAGAAUGACGAAUCUAUUGCCGAAUCAAAUUUACACGGAUGUACUUGCCCCGACUGAAUUGCAAAACAAUAUGCCGGUGGACAGACAAAGAGCACUCAGGGUGUUCUGCAGAGAAAAAGCUCCGGUUGCUGGUAUUUCAGUCAAGGAGCAUUUUGAGAUUAAUGUUAUACCGUUAACUAUUGGCUUAACCAAAAAAUUCUUCAAUACAAUGUUAAAGUUCUGCUUUCCUGAAAGAGAUCCCGAAGGUAUAGAAGAACCGCAAGUUUCUCAGAGAGAUUCAUCAUUCUACGUUCCAAUCGAAAGAAGAGAAGACGUAGAAAAAAUGAAAGAGCGAGCUGAUAAAAAUAAAUUGUUUAUUUAUAUAAAAAUACCAGAGGUGCCGGUGAGGGUAUCGUAUAAAGGUAACAAAGAAAAGAAUCUAGAAGAUGUCCGGGACAUUGCUCUUGUAAUACCAACAUUAGAGUAUCACAACGUUACGUGGACAUGGCUGGACCUUUUAUUAGCUAUGAAGAGUGAUUCAAGACGAGUCAUUCUAAGUCAAGCGAUCAAACAAAAAUUACAAAUCAAGCCAAGAAAUCCACAAGAAGAGGUGACUCCUCAGGAAGAAGAUAAAGCUCGACUACUGCUUGGCGCUAGACAUUUGCCCGGUGAUGCGAGAAAGAAAAGCGUUUUUAAAUUUAAAUGAAAUUGAAACUUUUUCCGAAAUUUAUUAAAAUUGAAUUCAAUGAUAGUAACUUGACUGAUCUUAACUUUGAGAAAAUUUAUAAUAACAUCUGAACCUUUGAAAAUUAAUUUAACGUAUUUGGUUAUUUUUAUAUAAAUCUAUUUCUAUUUGUGCAUGUUUAUAAAGAUUUUAAAACUAGUCUUAUACCACGACUUGCUUAUUAAAAAUGUUUUAUAUACAUACAUACAUAUA